AUGGAGGUGAUCCUCAGUGGUGUGACAAAGUUCUACAAAGGUAUUGAUGAAAUCAUAUCUGAUGACAUUAUUCCGAAGCUAGGGAUGGAGUUCGAAACAGAAGUUGAAGCAUAUGAUGCUUAUAUGAAAUAUGCUAAGAGAAGGUUAAUGGAUAAAUUUCAAAAGAAAAGACCUCGAGUUUCUAUCGGUUCUUCAAGUGCUAAUGUUGAGCAAGAACCACAACAAUUGGAAAAUCAUGUGGUAGUUGAAAAUAAUCCGGACGAGAUUGAAAUUGAUAAAGAGAAAAUCAAAGCCGUCGGAUUACGAGACCCUAUAGAUAGUUUUGAUGUGAAUAUUCGUGAUCGAAUUCGUAGAGAAUAUGUUGCCAAAGGUCCUUGUCAACCAAAAGGCCAUGACUUUCCAAAAAAAACAUAUGGGAAAGAUAAGAGAGGUUUUAGGGAUGUUUGGUAUAAAGAUUAUAUUUGGCUUGAAUAUAGUACGACAACAGAUGCUGCGUAUUGUUUUUGGUGUUUUCUUUUCAAGCGUGGUUAUUUAGCUCCAGGAGAUGAAGCAUUUGUUAGUGGUGGUUUCUCUAAUUGGAAGAAGGCUAAUGAAAGAUUUAGAGCUCAUGUUGGAUCAACGGGUAGUGCACACCACAAAGCUAGAAUUGAAUAUGAAAAUUUUGUAAAUCAAAAGCAGAGUGUGCCUUAUAUCGUUAGUAGAGUUGGUUCAAAACAAGAGAAGGAAUAUAGGAUUCGUUUGACUGCAACUCUUGAUGUUAUUCGAUUCCUUUUGAAUCAAGGUUUGGCUUUUAGAGGACAUGAUGAGACAUCAACUUCUUCAAAUAGGGGCAACUUUCUGGAGUUAUUAUAUUGGUAUAGUUUAAGGAAUGAUGAAGUUGGUCAAGUUGUAUUGAAGAAUGCUCCCGGAAAUAAUCAAAUGAUUGCUCCAUCAGUUCAAAAAGAUAUCGUUAAUGCGUGUGCAUUUGAAACUACACUUGAAAUAAUGAAGGAACUUGGUGAUGGAUUAUUUUCCAUAAUGGUUGAUGAGUCUCGAGAUUGCUCGGUGAAGGAGCAAAUGGCUAUUGUUAUUAGAUACAUGAAUAAAAAUGGAGAGAUAAUAGAAAGAUUUUUAGCCUUAGUUCAUGUUAAAGAGACUUCAUCAAGAUGCUUGAAAAUGACAAUUGAUUUUGUAUUUUCUAAGAUGGAAUUAUCUUUGUCAAGAUUGAGGGGUCAGGUAUAUGAUGGGGCUUCAAAUAUGAGGGGUGAAUUUAAUGGACUUAAAGCACUUAUUUUAAAAGAAAAUCCAUCGGCAUGGUAUGUCCAUUGUUUUGCCCAUCAGCUUCAAUUGGUAUGUGUGGCGGUAUGUAAGACAAAUCGACAUGUUUCUGAUUUUUUCGGAUAUGUUAGCCCGAUUGUUACAGUAUGUGGAUCUUCUUGCAAAAGGGCAGAUAAACUCCGACAAAUUGAAUAUGAAAGAAUGGUUGAAAGGAUUGAGAAAGGGGAAAUCACUUCAGGUAAAGGUCUAAAUCAAGAAACUUCUUUGCUUAGACCGGGUGACACUCGAUGGGGAUCUCAUUAUCUUACUUUAACUCGUCUUGCAUCUAUGUGGCCCUCGAUAGUCAUAGUACUUGAAACUGUAUUCGAAGAUGGGGUUGAUCAAGAAACAAGUGGCAAAUCUAAAGGGUUGCUUCAAAAGAUGGAAAGCUUUGAUUUUGUGUUUCUCAUGAUGUUGAUGAAACAUUUGUUGGGUAUGAUUGAUCCACUAUCUUGUGCGUUGCAAUACAGAGAUCAAAAUAUUUUGAAUGCAAUAAAUUUGAUAGUGACUGUGAAAGAGGACUUGCAAGCAUUUCGAGAAUCUGGAUGGGAUGAUUUCUUGCAAGAAGUGGAAGCAUUUUGCCGGGCAAAUGAAAUUGAUGUUCCUAACAUGGAUAAAAUUGUUCCAAGAAGAAUUCGUAUGAAGAAUGAUGGACAAAGUAUUACAAACUAUCAUUAUUAUCGUGUUGAAAUUUUUUAUCAGGUUGUUGAUUUAAUUAGCCAAGAAAUGAGGAAUCGUUUUUCUGAGUCCAGCACAGACCUACUCGAGUGUAUGGCAUGUCUUGAUCCAAGAAAUCAUUUCUCCAAUUUCAAUGUCGAUAAACUUGUUCAUCUUGCCACCCUUUAUCCGGAAGACUUUUCAUCCAUGGAGCUUAACUUGUUAACUAAACAACUUCAAAGUUUCGUGAGUGAUGUAAGAAGAGAUACACGUUUUUCAGAUGUUGAAGAUUUGGGAACUCUUUCAAAGAAGAUGGUUGAAACGAUGAAAGAUAAGAUUUUUCAAUUGGUUUAUCGAUUGAUAAAAUUGGUCUUACUUUUACCAGUAGCUACAGCAUCCGUUGAAAGAGUGUUUUCUGCAAUGAAAUUUGUGAAGUCAGAGCUGAGAAAUAGGAUGGGAGAUGACUGGUUGAACGACAGUUUGACGGUAUAUAGCGAGAAGGAGGUGUUUGCAACUAUUCCCAAUGAAAGGAUUUUGAGUCGUUUUCAGAAAAUGGAUACUCGAAGAAGCCAACUAUCUCGCAUAGCAUAA